CCUGGACUUCACUACUCUGACUCGUCCUUUCAUUGCUUCUUCUCAUGGCUGCAGCUCCCCUAUCCAUAGUCUUCUGGCGUCCCCUCUUCUAGCAACUAAUCCAGCGCGCCACUCUUCCCAUUCCUCCUUCCGCAACUCUCUUUCUCCAAGGAUGGCGAGUGGUGUCAUGCUCGGAUACUAUGGUCCAGAAAUUUCCGUUCAAUCCAUCUAUGCUGGCACAACGCCAUGAGCAAAGGCUGCUAUACCUGCCGUCGCCGCCGCAUCAUUUGCGAUAAUGGACUCCCCACGUGUCGGAAGUGUCGAGAUGCGGGGAAAGAAUGUCUGGGGUAUCAAAAACCACUCGUUUGGGUCAAGGGUGGGGUGGCCAGUCGGGGUAAGAUGAUGGGUCGCAGCUUCGGCGACGGCAAACAAAAAGCUCCUGAUGCCCAUCAGGAUCAUGCUGGACUUGAUCAAUCCGCCGCCGCCGCAGCCAGUCUGCCAAGCGAUGUGGACUCUUCCUUUUCCAAUAACCCACAACAUCCUCCUGAUGAUGACGACGUAGCGUCGGCGCAAGAUACUUCCCUGGGGGCUAUUGUGCCUGCAAAUCCCAUGCUUCCAACACCAUGGGUACUUGUGGAUCCGUUAUUUCAAGAUUGUAGUCAACUUUCCCGGUUUUAUAUCAACCAUUUCCAUCAGAAUCUUGCGGGAUAUCUAUCACUAUAUUCCGAUGUCAGGAACCCAUUCCGGGACCUUAUCCCGCUAGUCAGCAAUUCUCCCGUGAUCUCUCAUUCCCUCGCGGCCAUGGGCGCAUUACAUUAUGUUAUUUCGGCAAACGGAGAUACUUCGCCCAUGCCGUGGUCUGGAGAGACUUUAUUAACCAACAAUAAGCCCUCCCCGCCUGAGGAAGCAGGACCGGCCGAACUAAACUCCCUGUCUCAACGUUCAUCUCCCAGGAUUUACGAGCAGUUCCUAGGGUUCAAACAACGCGCACUACAACAGUUGUCACGGGACAUAUCCGAUCCCGUUUUGCGAAACGACAACAAGACGUUAACAGCGAUAAUGAUUCUUGCCUUGAUGGACGCCAUUGAAUCUGGGCAUGGCGCAUGGAAAUAUCACCUGGAAGGCGCUAAGAAGCUCUUGCAAAGUCGCGAGCACGACAAGCCAAGUAAGACACAAACAAUACUUAACUGGCUCGAUGAUUUUGCUGCCGAUGGGUGCUUAGUAAUUCAGCUAAUGGGUGCUACUUUGGCCCGACCUGGCACUCUAUCGAAGCCCUUUUACUGUUCUGACAUGGGUGCCUCUGUCUUAAAGCGCUUAGAAGAAACCUCAUGGGUCGGCUGUCCCGCCUAUCUACUAGAAGUCAUUUUCUUCGUCCACGCGUUCUUUGACCUUGACCUCAGCAAUGACCCAAGCUCACAGCCACGGACCGUUUUCCCGUCUAGAUAUCUCCCAGGGGGCUCAAAUCCGCUCCAAUACCCCGAGAGCCUACCGAAACACAUUCAGGCGUUUGAUCCUAUUGCAUGGGCAGAGUCUCUCCAAAGUUAUCAUUUCCUUCCAGACCUCUCCAUGCGGAUUACCCUCGCUACCAUUUACAAGGCGGCUGUCUAUCUCUAUGCCACUAGGGUUCUUUCUCGCCCUCGACCCGGCGCCACAUCUAUUUCGACCACUAUUGGCCUGCCCCCAGACCAUGCGGAGGUCGCAACAUUCUUAAUCAACCAACUUUCCCUUAUCCCCUCCUCCGAUCCACACUUCAAAUGUCUCAUAUGGCCCUCGUUUAUUGCCGGUGCCGAAUGUAGAACCCCUGCUCAGCGCCCAGUUAUGCUCGAGAUCCUCCGCAAGUUGUAUUUCCAUCUCAUAAGCGUCAACGUCCGCAAUGCUGCGUGGGUCCUGACGAUGAUGUGGCGCAAGCGCGACCUCAGGCGCGAAGAGAGAUCGAAAUUCCGUGCAAAUCUAGACAAUGGUAGCAUUGACUCUCUAGCUGCCACGUCUCGGUCACCUUCUAUCACAACUACCCCUACUACGACUACCGGCACGGCCACUACUCCCUCCAUCACGUCACCAAUAAGCCCUGGUGAUGAGUUUUAUUACGACGAUGACGACUUCGACUGGGUCCAGGAGUUAGAUGAUUCUAGGAUCGAUUGGCUUUUUAUCUAACAGGCUUCGGUUGUCUAUACCUGAAGUUUCAACCCUUUUCGUUCAUAAUAAUAUCCUCGCAGUGUAAAUAUGAUUUGAGUUUAUAAUUUAUUUAUUUUUUCUUGUUUUCUCCAUUUAAAAUUUAACCCGAGGCUCCUAUUAUAAUUAAUGGAUUGGCAGGAAUAUUGCUUAAUGUUAAACAGUUGUAUGUGCAGAUUCGCAAGAUAUUCGUAAACAAGCAUCUCCACCUUCAUUCCAUUUAUUAGC